GAAAGUGUUAUUUUUUGAGAAGUGAUGGGUUGCUAGAUUUUGCCCUUGUAUCUAAAUUUUAAUCAAAGCCAACGAUUAUCGGCUACAAAUUCCCGGGCCGGGCGACCACAAACACUGUAGCUCUGGCGAUGGAUAAGAAAAGUUCCAGAGGAAGAAUUGCUUUUCGUUUUUGUUUGGGGAAAAAGAAUGGUACCCUGCAGUGCAAGCUCAAUUUCGUUUACUCUUAAUACGACGUCUUUAUAUGCCAACGGCUACAAUGACAAAAUUGAUGAGAGGACUAGAGCCGCUGGCAGUGGCUGUGCCAGAGCGGCGGCGAGGACGUUGUCCGCAGUCGCGGCGGCGCUGAUGUUUUCCGCGGCUGGCGCUGUCGAGGCACCCCCGCCAUCGGAGACACUGUCGAAUAUUCCGCAGACUUUGUCGGGCAAAUGCGCAUCGGUGGGAGAGGAUUGCAAUAAACGUCGUGUCCAACGACCCAAGUCUAGGAAAGCCGAGUCCUGCACCAUAAAGUGUGUCGCCACUUGCAUCCGCGGCGGUGACGGUUCCCCCGGCGAAGGCCCUCUUAAUGUCAGAAGACCUCUAGUGGUUUUCAAGCAGGGUUUUCGGAGUCGUCAAUACUGCUUAGUGGAAUGCUCUGACAUUUGCAACUUGAUUGGCGAUGGUGAUGAUGGACCUUAAAUUGUAUUUUAUUUAUAAUUUUUAAAUUAUAGAAUGUUCAUCCACCUAUGGAUUUUCAAAUGACUUAAUAACACAUUCCCAAUGUGUAGUGAUUUUAUUCAAGGCAAGGUUGGUCUUCCUAUGAUUUUGGUGAAGUCCUAAUUGAAUCCUUAAGGUUUAAGUUUUAAGUUUUAACUAUUUCUCUAUUACAAAAA